GGAGCUGUGUCCGGGCGGCAGAGCGGUGGCAGGCCCUUCGCCCAGCUGAUCGCAACGGAGCCCGGGACCCGACCCUGGCGCUGCCCGGCCCGGCCCUGUCGCGGAGGGGGCUCGCCGCCCUCCUCCUCCCGCUCCGCCUCCGGAAGGCCCCGCCCCUGAAGGCGCCCCAGAGGAGCAUGGCCUCGCUGGCGGAGCUCAAGGAGACCUUCCUGGCCGCCGACGCCGUCUGCUUCGACGUGGACAGCACCGUCAUCCGGGAGGAAGGCAUCGACGAGCUGGCCAAGUUCUGCGGGGUCGGAGACGCCGUGGCCGAAAUGACUCGCCGUGCGAUGGGAGGCUCGGUCACCUUCAAGGCGGCGCUCACGGCCCGCUUGGGGCUCAUCCGCCCGUCUUACGAGCAGGUCCAGAAGCUCAUCUCGGAGCAUCCACCACAACUGACCCCGGGGAUCAGGGAGCUGGUCAACCGGCUGCAGCAGCGGGGCGUCCAGGUCUUCCUGGUCUCGGGCGGGUUCCAGAGCAUCGUGGAACACGUGGCCUCCCAGCUCGGCAUCCCCGCCGCCAACGUCUUCGCCAACCGGCUCAAGUUCUACUUCAACGGCGAAUACGCCGGGUUCGAUGAGACGCAGCCCACGGCGGAGUCGGGCGGGAAGGGCCAGGUCAUCAGCUACUUGAAGGAGCAGUUCCAGUUCAAGAAGGUGGUCAUGAUCGGGGACGGGGCCACCGACAUGGAGGCCUGCCCUCCCGGGGACUGCUUCAUCGGCUUCGGGGGCAACGUGGUCCGGAAGCAGGUCAAGGAGAAGGCCAAGUGGUACAUCUCCCACUUCGACGAGCUGCUCAAAGAGCUGGAGGAGCGAUAAAACAAAAAUGUUCAUACAGACAUACAUACCUAUAUUUAUAUAUAGAUAUAUAUUUUAAACUAAGGCUAAAAGCGGGGAAAAAAACCUAGGUCUAUUUUAUUAACACUCUUUUAGGAUACAUCAUGCAAUUAAACAAGUCUGGAUUGUUGUUUGCAAAACAA